AUGGCACUCCCACCAGAGCACUUCAAGGCGCUCGAUCAGCUGCGAUUGCGUCUGUCACAGCUCUCCACCUCGAUCGGAUUGCUUCGGAAUGAACUAGAGAGGGAGCAACCGCUUCCCACGUGCCUAGGGAGCAAUCUCCAGAACCUUGCCGCAACUCUGAGCUCGCAGCGCCAGCUGUUCUCGUCCGAACACGCGUAUCCGCUCCCCGACUUUCCCGGGCAUACUCAAGAAGGUCUACUGCAACAGCUGCUGCGGAAGAAGCUCGAUCCCAAGGCUGAGGCUUGGAUCAGCGAAUCGUUGGAGGGAGACAAGAAGACGCAAAAUGGAACGGCGGAGGAGGAAGCCACCCUGAGCUCGGAGGAUACUAUGGCACUUUGGAGCUGGGCAGGUAACGCAAUCGGCGAGAUGCGAACCGAAAUGGAAGAUUCUGGAGCAUUUCGGGACGACUACACUCUGGCGGAGCGGCAGGCGGGCAUUUCCAGCGUAGUCACAGGGAUCAGGCGGAAACUGGGCCGGGACAUGGACAGCGAGGACGAGGACGACGAUGAAGACGACGAUGGGAACAUGGACACGAAAGACGAGGAGUUGAAAGAUGGACACGAAGCAGACGCCAGUCCCUCUCAAAGCGCGAGCCUGGAAGGGUUCAAUCCCACGGCACCACCGAUUCCGUUGGACACUCUAUUGCGCUUCGCUACCGGCUCGAAUCCUCUGCAGGCCGGAUCGGACAUCCAAACCCUCACCACAUCGCCAGCAGCAACAUCAACAUCGACCGCUCUCUCCCCGUGCCACCUACAUACCAUGGCGAUGGCACCACCGCCAGCGCCAUCUCCUCGGGCUGGACGACGGAGAGCCUUCCCUCUCGAAAUGCUUCCAGCUGAGCUGAGGGAUCUUAUAUACAGCUUCACAAUCGCCGACAAACUCGAGCCCUGGCCAUUGGCCAAAUGUCGCAAACGAGGUUGGUAUUUCAAGGCAAAUUCACACAUCAUUCCCGUCAACCUGCUCUGCGUGAGCCAUCGGAUCCGCCAAGAAGUCACCACCGUGAUGCAUUCACAUGCCUUGUUCAUCGUGGAGCAUCUACCCAUCUUCGACCGACUCGUCCAAAGCAGACCGCUGGGCAGCUCUCUCCGACGUCUAAGCAUAGGACUGAGCCACGAGGGGUUCUUCCGUCUGUUUGGACACAGUUUCCGCGACGGAGACAUCGAAGAGGGUUGGUUCGGCAACAGCAGUAGCCAUUUCACGCCAAGCCCACGGCCUACCGUGCAGUUCCUUCAGCAUAUGGACCUCAAGCAGCUGGUGCUGGUGAUCUCGCCUCCGCCGCGGUCCGGAGAAUACCCAUACACAGUCUGCCAGAGGAGCAUAGUCGACAAGAUCUUCGAGGAAGCGUUUCCGUGGGUGAGCGGACUUCCCGUCACGGUCAUGGGAUGGGUCAUGCAGUAUCAGAAGGAAGAAUUCGAAGCCAAGUGUACUCGUGCACGACAGCAAUAUCUCAAAUGGUACGAAGACUGGGCCUAUGAAGGCGAAACCACUCCAUUGGUGAGCUACCAUGAGUGGGAAGACGACGACGGUGGGGUGAGUCUUGUGCCGUCGGUGGGCAAUGAGGAGAGUGAAGUAUUGGAGGAGUUUCCGCCAAGAUGCGCGUGCGAGCACAGCUGCGACUACGAUUUGUGGUCCCCAUGGACGAAGGGGCACGAGAAUGAGGGUGUUGUCUGA